CAAACAAACCCAAUUUCUACGGAACUUUCUCUCGUCUUAGAAAAAUCAGCAAAUAGACAUACUCCUCCAAGCGAUCGAUCGAUCUAGGAUUCCUUGAGAAUCAGGGAGUCAAUUUCCUUCUCCAAACUCACAAUCGACCAUUCACAACCUUCGGAAGUUUUGACCUCACAGGAUUUAUCCAAUUUCGUCGGCAAAAAUCCUUGGUUUUGAUCACCGGUUAAACCCUGAUUGCAGUUCCGGCUAAUUUAUCGGCGGAGAUGGUGCUGAAGCAGAAGAUCCACGAUGCGUUCAAGGGGACUGUGGAGCGAAUGACGGGCCCCCGCACCGUCUCCGCUUUCAAAGAAAAAGGCGUUCUAAGCAUCAACGAGUUUAUUCUCGCCGGCGAUAACCUUGUCUCCAAGUGCCCUACCUGGUCUUGGGAAUCGGGCGAGCCUAGCAAGAGGAAGUCGUAUCUGCCACAAGAUAAGCAGUUCUUGGUGACUAGAAAUGUUGCCUGUCUCCGUAGAGCUUCUUCAAUUGAAAAAGAGUAUGAGGAUGCUGGAGGUGAAGUACUACUUGAUGAUGAGGAUGAUGAUGGAUGGCUGGCAACCCAUGGAAAACCUAAAGAAAAUAAAAAUGAAGAGGAUGAAAAUUUGCCAUCAAUGGAGACACUAGAAAUCAGCUCAAACACUAGAAAAAUACAAUCCAUCUCAUCUUAUUUUGGAGGAGGUGAAGAGGAGGAUAUUCCAGACAUGGAUGAACUUGAAGGCACGGACAACCUCGUUGAAACUGAUCCUGCCACUCUCCAGAACGCUUACCUUGUAGCUCAUGAGCCUGAAGAUGACAACAUCCUACGAACUCGAACAUAUGAUGUCACCAUCACGUACGACAAGUAUUACCAAACUCCUCGUGUGUGGCUCACUGGAUAUGAUGAGUCAAGGAUGCUUUUGCAACCUGAAUUUGUGCUCGAAGAUGUCAGUCAAGACCAUGCACGAAAAACUGUGACAAUCGAAGACCAUCCUCAUUUGGCUGGGAAACAUGCUUCCAUUCAUCCAUGCCGCCAUGGGGCUGUAAUGAAAAAAAUUAUCGACGUUCUAAUGUCACGGGGGGUGGAGCCUGAAGUGGACAAGUACCUCUUCUUGUUCUUGAAAUUUAUGGCCUCUGUGAUACCUACUAUUGAGUACGAUAACACUAUGGACUUCGAUCUCGGCAGCACAAGCUCCUGAUUUCAAGAUUCGGGAUCUCGGAUCUCGCUGGUUUUUGCUUCUUGCAGAUUUACGGCAUUCAUUAUUGUGAAACUCCAAGUCGUCUCAUUCUACAACGCUGCGAUUUCUGGGCAACGGUUGGUUACGCCAUUCUUAUGUGUACAUGUUCGAAAACUUCAUAUUUAAUUUGUUUUUGUCUUGUUGAUUUAGUUCUACUCUUUGAUGACAUUACUGGCCUAUUGGCAUCAAAAUGUUGCUGGACCUGUGCCAUGGUUUUCAUAUUUAUAUGCAUAUAUAUAUAUAUAUUGCAUGUCUAUAUUUAGUGAAAUUAUUACA